UUCGACGCAGAUAGCCUAUAAAUACCGCCACUAAGUGAAAGGUGCCAUGGUUCGGCAAUGCCUUGCGAAUACCGACGACCAACAAUACACAACUCAGACGGCAACGACGCAGUCGAGUUCGAUUCAACCUCGGUGGAAACUAUUUAGUGAUCGAAGUGACUCCACACAGAGUCAAUGGAAAAGUCACAGUUGUGCUCGAAACUGACGUUCCGCGUUGUCCGGAUAACUUUCUCAAGCGCCAAAUAGUUAUUCGAAGUGACGUGCGCCAUUUAAACUUAGUUCUUGGAGUGUGAGAAUUUCAAAAUCGACCAGAAUGAGCGUGACAUCGGCUUUUUCAACACUAAUUAUCCUCGGACUGCUUUCAGUCGCAGUGCGCUCAGCCCCGUUUUCGGUGCGGCCGAACGGCACUCCAGGACGACACUGGGAGACACUUUACUCGCGUUCAUUGGCUCGUAAUCCCUGGGAGAAAAGAGACAUCAACCGAGAUGGUGAUUAUCUUAUGGGCAUCAAAAGACUAAGACGGCUGUAUUGCAAUGUGGGGAUUGGGUUCCACAUUCAAGUGUUACCGGAUGGCAAGAUAACCGGGGUGCAUAACGAAAAUCGAUACAGUCUUUUGGAGAUAUCGCCAGUGGAGAGAGGAGUAGUGACUCUUUUUGGUGUUCGCAGUGGUCUAUUCAUUGCCAUGAACAGCAAAGGGAAGCUCUAUGGAUCUAGCCACUACAACAACGAGUGCAAGUUUAAGGAGACUCUUCUGGCAAACAACUACAAUGCAUAUGAAUCAGCAGCUCAUCCAGUGAUGUAUAUUGGACUGAGCAAGACAGGCAGAACGAAGAAAGGAAACAGAGUGACUCCAGCGAUGACAGUGACACACUUCUUACCGAGAAUCUGACUGACACUGGGUCAGUCAGUUACCUCACACCUUGGAGGGAAGUAGUUGGACACAAAAUGAAAGCACUUUUGAACAACAAUAAUGAACAAAAAAGAUUUUGGAAUAUAUAUUUAAAUAUUAUUAUUUAAGUAUGUAUAUUGUGAAAGAUGUUUUAUUUAUUUCCUCUGAGAUUUGUUUUGUAUUACUUAAAAAGCAUAAGUCCAGAGCUGAGAGAAUGACUUAGUCGAGUAUUUUUAAUAUUUAUCUGAACCAGUGCUGCUACUUAUGUGUUACGAGACCGAUAUAUCAUGACAAUAAUGGACUUUUAAAAAGGAUUAUUUGCACUGUUUACAAAGUAUGGCGCAAUGACUGAAGAGCCGCAUCUUCCCCCUUUUCAGUCACUGACCCACCAUAGGGGCCCUAAUCUGUGAGCAUCAAUGAACCCGCUGUCUGUGGCAAAGAGAAACAGAUGUACAACAUUUAACCUUAUAUGUUGGACUGUCUGACUUUAUUAUCUGUGUUUUUAACAACUAUGCCCCCACCCGCCAAAAAAAAGAAAGAAAAUCCGUGUAAGAUCAGUUCCACCCAUAUGAGUCCAGCUCUGAAAAGUGUAUCCUUGUUUACUACUACAGGCAGUGUUUUGAAGAUAUGUUACAUGACACUGUUGUUUCAAUGUGGCAUUUGUGUAACUCUUUUGUUUCUACCUCAUUAACUGAUUAAUUGUUAGCACAACAUAGUAUGAUUCUGAGUUUUUGCUCCAUCCCAGGGGUUUUCUUAUUUCUGAUCUGAUCUGACAUUUUGUAUGCAAUCUGUCUGUGUAUAAAGUCAACGACAAAAAGCAGUUGAAAUAUUACUGUCCUCUUCCCAGAUUUGACACCAUUCUGACUGGGAAAGAACUAAAUAGAUAUGAAAUGACCUGGUGAAAUUGAUGAUUUGCUAUAUAUAUAUGCAUCAAGUCAUUAAUUUACCACUUAACUUAUGUGC